UUGAAAGGAUUUUAUUUACUCAAAGAAAAAUUAAUGUGAUUUUUCUUUUUAAAAUGUUUUGAUGUAGAGGGAUACUUGUCKAUCAAGAAAAGGGAACAUUUUGGUYRAUGUGAACUCGUUUYAAGUUACUGACGGGUAGAAGAAAGGGUUAUAAUGGAGUUGUAACGCGCACAUCAUCACGAUGUUGGCUGGGAUUGUAUUGGCCUUUUUUGGCAUUUUAGUGGGAGCCGCCUCUCCGCUUGAGAAUCUUCAAAAAUGUAAGAAAACUAAAGUUGAAGAGAAUGUCACUCUUCGUGGAGGACUUAGCGCGGGAACAUUUAGGAAGCUAGCCAAAGUCACAAGCAUGGAGUCUUGUCUUGAGUUGUGCUGUAGAAAUCCAUCCUGUGAUGUAGCUUUUAUGUCRGGCUUAAAGUGUUACGGGGUGGAAUGUGUAAGUGACGAUGAGUGUGAAUCCACUGCUACAGAUACAUCGGAAACUAAAGUUCUGAUAGCCCAUGUACGGACGGGUAAAAAGAAAGGAAACAAAUCAUCUGUCCUUGCUGGUAUCCCGACCCACAAUACAAUGGCCAGCAAGCCUGUGAUUGGUAAUCCACUGACAACAAAAACAAUUCCAGGAAUGCAGGCUUCUACUUCACUGAGCCCGAAAUCAACCACCUCUGGUAAGCAACAGGCACCARCAGUCAACAUAAAUCCAGGAAUGGCUGGACAAUGUAAGGCUGGUGUUGAACACAARGAGGUUACCCUUAAAGGAGGUAUUAAUGCUGGUACAUACAAGGACAUCGGUGCCGUACCUUCAAUCGAUGAAUGUUCAAAGAAAUGCUGUAGUUACGCACCCUGUGACCUCGCUUUCAUGCUACAAGGACGAUGCUAUCUCGUGGGGUGUACUGACGGGAAGAGUUGUCAGCUUCAGAAAGCAAAAGCUUCUCCAUAUCACCCAUCUGUCAUGUACAUGACGAGAUGGAACAACGAGGGAGUAAAGCAUACAAUUAACGUCCAAGAUGAGACGUCGUCUAAUUUCAUGUGUAGUCCGAUGAAGUUAAUGAAAAAAGUCACUCUCAAAGGAGGACUUAAGUCUGGAGACUUUACCGAUACAGGCAAGGUCGGUAAUAUUGGAGAGUGUUAUGAUUUAUGCUGCCAGCAGCCUACAUGUAAUUUAGCUUUUAUGUUGGGACAGAACUGUUUCUCAGUGAAAUGUUUUAAUAAAGACUUAUGUUCGACAAUACCUGCACAACCUUCGAUAUAUAACCCACAGAUAGCUUAUGUAUAUAACAGGAAGGUCGUACAGCCCAAAGACAAAGCACAACCUGCAAGCAAGAAAUCAGAAAUCAUCAAACCAGCGCCUAAGUGUCCAGUAGGAAAAGUAAUCGAGAGAGUCACUCUCGUCGGGGGUUUAAAUGCCGGUAAUUUCCACGACAAUGGAAAAGUGAAAGACAUUCAGCAAUGCCGACGAAUCUGCUGUGAAAUGCCGAAAUGCAAUCUUGCGUUUAUGCUUGGAGUGAAUUGCUUCUCAGUUGAGUGUAAAAAUGCAGCAGUUUGUAAAACUCAGCCUGCACAACCUUCGCAGUUCUUUCCACGAAUAUCGUAUGUACGACCUAUUGGUUCAUCUAAGUUCAUGGUGACAGGAGAUUUUAUGAAACUCUCAGGAGUCUCCGAACCUGCAACGAAGAGUGAUAUUCCUGGUCUACCAGCACCAGCUUCUAAACCGGAAAUCGCUGGUCUACCAGCCACCAAGCCAGCAAUUCCUGGCUCAUCUGCACAACCUUCUAAACCGGUCAUUCCUGGCUUAUCAGCACCAGACACUAAACCAGCCAUUCCUGGACUUCCCGAUGCCAAUAAACCCGCUUUACCMCUUAGUAGUCCGGCAAAUAAAGCACAGAUACCACCGCUAUCGAACRUUCAAGCAAUUCCUGGACUUCCUGGCGAACCUGGUAUACCACAGCAACCUGGCCUUCCCCAGCAAACACCCAUUCCUGGUCUUCCAUUGCAACCAUCACAGACUUUAGAAGCUGCAUUAGGAAAAGCAUCAGUGGAGCCGGCUACUAACUCAAACCUUAAUGGUCUGCCUGGACAACCACAAACACCUAGCCAGCAACCUAAACAACUUGAGCAACUAUURCCAGGACCGUCAGGUAAGCCAGAUAAUCCACUAUUAGGACAACUACCUGCAGGAAAUCCAUUGGCUGAUCUUCCAGGAACGAGUCAGCUGCCUGUACAGCCCACACCUACAAGCCAAACGACUCAGGUGACCAUGCAACAAUCGCAGUCACCAGCACCUGGACAAACGACGCAAAUUCCACAAAGUGUUCCAGAACAGAAGAAAACUGAACUUCCAGAAAUCCCAACCAMUGAUGUUUCUAAAAAGAUCAACUUGACGAGCACCAUCAACGAUGCGAAACCAGGACAGGCCAUGAAGAUGAACAUCGUUGAUGGGAAAUUACAACUAACUCCUGUAGGCACCUCAAAGGACCAUCCCAAGAAAAAUGCCACGUCAUCUGCUGGCGCCUUUGAUGCCAUAUUAGGAGGUGAUGAUGACACUCCCAACGAUAAAUGCCUGGCUGCUAAGAUUAUUACUGACGUCACUCUGAAAGGAGGUAAAAAGGCGGGAAAAUUUAAAGAUCAAGGUGAUGUAAAGAAUAUGAAAGAAUGCAAGAAGCUUUGUUGCGAGGAUGACAAGUGUAACCUUGCCUUUAUGUUGGAGAAAACGUGCUACACCGUCACCUGCAAGUCCGAAAAACUUUGCGAGCAUACACCAGCACCUCCAUCUGACUUUCGGCCAAGAAUAUCUUACGUUAGACCACUUAGUGAUACACCUUCAGAGCCCAAAGAUCUUCCUUCAAUACCCAAAGCACCAGAAAACCUUAGAUGCAAGUACAGCAACAUUACCAACAACAAACAAUUCCAGGGACCAAUGGGAACCGACAACUUUACCAUACAACAUGAUGCCAGCAACAUGCCAGAAUGCAUGACUAAGUGCUGUGAGGAUACCAAGUGUGAUAUUGCUUAUUAUGUCCAGGAAAAGUGCUAUACUGUWAAAUGYGACARUAAAGAUGCUUGCAAACCCAUCCCUGUCAGCGAUAAAACAAAGGAUAAAAUCCCKCUGAUUUCAGCCAUGAUCAUGAAGCCUAAGGAUGAGCCAGACUUUGUUACAGAUUUUGAGAGCAAAAGUUCAGCCUCACCCGAAGUGACAGAUCUCCAAACAUCACAAGAACGUUGCCACAGUAACCGAAUAUCGACAGGCAUCACACUGACAAAUCAAGGCAGUAAUUUUACUAGCAUGGGMAUGGUUGGGAGCUUAAAGAAAUGUAUCGCGCUCUGCUGUGUUCGUCCAGCGUGCGAUAUCGCGUAUUUACACGACGAUAGAUGUUUCGCCGUCCAUUGUAACGAUGGUGUAAUGUGUCAAUCAAACGCACAUCAGGCUGAUGAGGGAGUYAACGUUAAAAUGGCAUAUAUGGACCGCAACAAGAAGCCCGCAAAGGAAAGAGAUUGGAUGCUUGUCUACAUGAUAGUCGGGGCGUUAGCGUUCGCUGCUGUAAUUGGAGGCGUGAUAUGGGGYGUUUGUUUGUGCACUAAAAGACAAAGGAACAAAAUAGCAAAACAACGAAGGUUGCUUGAUGAUGACGAUGAGGAUGACGAGAUGCUACCAAAACCGACGCAAACAAGAUACAGGACACCAAUGCAUCGAUACUAAAACCAAAAAACACGUUUUGCACUCUUGAAAACGUUCGUCGGAAUACUGGUUCCUAACGAGACAAACAGGUCUACAGCGGCAGGACAAACAUGUCUAUCAAACUGGAAAAACAUGUAAUUGGACGAUUAACGGUUGGAAGUCAACUAUUCAUUUAGAUUUCCGUGCCAUAAGUGGCUCAAAAAUACUCCGCUAAGUGAUCYAAAGUGCUUUUAAGAACUUAAUUGUCAGCGAUGUUCAAUUGACUUUCAAAAGCACCUGUGGUUUUAUCAGCUUUCUCAUUUGUUGACAUUGUCGUAGGUAUACUUCAUUUGGUAUCUUUCUCGAAACCUCAGUUUAUAAUUAGCAAAAUUCGCACAACAACAAGCUUACUUUUGGGCACAAAUUAUUAUCUAUUUUUAUUAUGUAUAUAUAUAUCAUCAMCUGCGUUCCCGAACGGACGACUGUGAAGAAAAAAUUCUGAAGACAUUCUCUCACCCAAACACUCUUCGCCCCCAGCCCGGCGGAGACUCUGAACGAUCCUGAAGAAACUUGGAACCAGAGAUCUGGUUUGGGUUUAUCAAAGGGCUUAAAUCACAGGGUUUCCUAGAGACCUUCGAUGAGGAACGAGAAGGGUUGGGUAUGAGAAAAAGACCGCCUUCCUUCUUUUUUCUACCCAGUCUUCUGCGCCUUGUUGCUAGGAACGCCUGCCGGCCCAGGUUGAAUCAAUAAGACUUUGGAUAGGAUUUUAUUAGGGAAUUAGUUCUCACCGAGAAUUUUCUGUAAAAAGCUUAGAUCUCGUUGACUUUUCUUGUCACUCAUAGAUAUACAACUGCAUUUAGAUAACGACAAGCUAUAGUAUGUCUAUAGUAUGUCUAAUCUGUUUCCUAACGAUUAUAAAAUCAAUAUUUAAUAAAUUUGGAAGAGAAAACUUGGAAUUUUUAAGCUUAACAUAGCUUUCGUAAUGUAAUAAAUAUAUACUUUUGAUACCAUACUUGUGUAUUUUCAUGAUGUAUAUAAAAAAAUCGUUCUUCUCAGUUAAAUAUAACACAUAAAAAUCCUGUAUCCCAUUGACUCUUAAAAAUUGGGAAGGAAUCUAAAAUCCCCAAAAGAUAAAAAAAUACAUGCAAAAUAAAGGGUAAUAAACUG